AAGAAAAAGAAAGAAAUAUAUAAAAAUUCCCUUUUAAAUUAUAUUCUUCUCAUAACCCACUUUAUAAUUUCACACUUUCCCUUAUUUUCUCCUCAUCCCCUCCAUAACCACUCCUUUUCCCCAUUCUUUCACCUCCAAAAAAGAAAAGAAAAAAAAAAGAAAAAAAGAAAAUAAUAAAAAUACAAAACUAAAGAGAUUGCGAAGACAGUGAAAAUGGGAAGCUUACUUGACUUCAAAGAGACAGAGCUCCGUCUUGGGCUGCCCGGCUGGGAAGGAAGAAAUGACGGUGACGCCGUGAAAAAAAGAGGUUUCACUGAAACUGUAGAUUUAAAGCUGCAUAUUGCGACUGAUUCCGACCAAGGAAACAAAACGAUUGACAAAAAUGUCGUUUCGAGCUUCGUCAAUAAAGAUCUUCCCAAGCCUCCCCCAGCCAAGACCCAAGUUAUCGGUUGGCCACCGGUGAAGUCGUUGAGGAGAAACAUCAUAGGGCCAAAGAAGAAUAAAUUAGAAGAAACCAAGAAGAGUGCCGUCGGUGACUGCAGCGUCGGUGCGGUAGCGUUUAUUAAAGUCAGCAUGGAGGGGGCACCGUACUUACGCAAAGUGGACUUGAAAAUGUACGAAAGCUACCAACAGCUUUUCGAUGCCUUAAGCAAGAUGUUUGGCUCUUUCACUACAGGUAAUUGUGGGGCACAAAAGAUGAAGGAUUACAUGAACGAAAGAAAAUUAAAAGAUGUGUUAAAUGGGUCAGAUUAUGUGCCUACUUAUGAAGACAAAGAUGGAGAUUGGAUGCUUGUUGGUGAUGUCCCAUGGGACAUGUUUGUCAAUUCCUGCAAACGCUUGAGGAUAAUGAAAGGAUCUGAGGCCAUUGGACUUGCACCAAGAGCAUUGGAGAAGUGCAAGAACAGAAACUGAACUACCUACUAAUAGAUUAUUAUUAUUAUUAUUUUUUUUUUUGUGAAAUAAUAAUAGUAGUAGUAAUUAUUGUUAUUACUAUCAUUUGGUAGCUUGCAAUUAAUUAUUAUAUCCAAUUGAUGAUCAUAUAUCAAACCCUACUCUAUAGAGGGAGGAGUUUGAUUCUGAUCAGUAACAUAUCACCUCCACCUCCUGUCUAGCUAUGUAAUUACUAUAUAAUUGUAAUAUACUUCUCACCAGAUUUUGUAUUCUAUUAUCUUAGUUAACAUGCACUGAAAUAUGCUCAUCCA